CAAACCACAAAAUUUAGUGUGAAGUGAAGCUUUGAAUUAGAGCUCAGUCAUGGGAGUAAUGCUAGGCUAUUCCCUUCCUCUUCUUUUCUUAACUCUGUGUGCCACCGCAAACCUUUUCAUUCCUGCAGUUAACGGAGGAAUCUGCACGGAAUCUAAAAAGUCCACCCUCUUGAUCGUCUUCGGCGACUCAUUCUUUGAUGUUGGCUACGGUAUUGAUGAACUUUGUCUUCCAUCUAAAGACCAACCAUAUGGGAAAUCACUUGACCCCCCGGUUCCCACUGGAAGAUUCUCGGAUGGUCUUGUAGUACCUGAUUAUAUUGCCAAAUACUUAGGCCUGGCCGAUAAUGAGGGCAAAAUUACUGCAUACAAGAAUAGCUCAGAUAUCCAACAAACAUUACAAGACAAAGGAUGUGCAAGUUUGAGCUUCGCCAUGGCCGGAGCAGGUGUCACGCUAAGCGCAAAUAAGAACAGGGCGGCAGCAGCUCUGAAAUUAUUAAGGCACAACAAUUAAGCUCUCUUUCUCUCUCCUUCAUUUAAAUGGUUUUAAUUUGUACAGUAAUAAAGACACUUGUUUAAC